AUGGGCCCCGGACUGGUGGCGGUGAGCGGGCGCUCGGUGCUGGAGGCGGGCUGGCGUGGGCGCGUGCCGGUGGCGGCGCAUACGGGCGCCGUGUUCCCCGGCGAGACCGUGCCCAUGCUGGUGCCCGACCCGCACAAUGCAGAAAUACUAGCGCAGGCUAUCAGCCACGACAAGCUCUUCGGCCUGCUCUGCCCUGACGAGAGCGGCACCAUGGUGUCGGGGUACGGCGUGCUGUGCGAAGUGUUCGAGGCAGGGCAGGGGGAGGGUGCGUUUGGGGGGGUGGGGGAACAUCGCUGA